ACAGAAGUUUCUAAGACAAUGUACAGUGAACAAACCAGGAUGGGCUACUACUGGGUGUGUUUAUAGGCAGUGAAUCUCUGUAAUUCUAUGCCUCUGAUGGAAAAGUUUGAAAAAACUGAAGUUAUGCUUUAAAAGGGGUUUUAAUGCAGUUUCUCAGAAGUUGCUACAUUCAGCAGGAAUGUUUACCAUGUGUACAGAAGGCGGGAAUAUACCUGAAAUUGGCACUGCACAUGUUUUCCAGAAAUAUGGUGCAAAGCCACUAGCAUUUGAAAAGCCUAACAGGAGAUCUUGAGUAAUAAACUGAAACAAGUUUGUUGCUGCUUUUAGUUUAUUAUUUGGUUAGGCAUGUGUGUAUAGGUGUUAUGAAAACUUACUGAGAUUAUUUCUUACUAGUGAAGUAGCAAUUGUGUUAGCAUUGUAUAGUAAGUUGUCUUUUUCAGUGUUGUCCUUCCUUCCCUCCGCCCUUCUGUUUUCAAUUCACGUGACUGGACUUUGUAUCCAUUUAUCCACAAUCAGUGUAGAGCCAUCUUGUUUGAAAACCAGAGACAGAAACAGAAACAAAUUCCGUGCUGCAAGGUAAAAUGCCCCUCCUGCCCCAAACUCUGUCAUUUAUAUAUAGUUAUAUGUAAUUGUAAACAUUGAGCUCAUGUAUAGUUGGAGUUCAUAUUCUUUCACAGCUCAAAACAAUAUCUUCAUGGCAGGGAAUUAGCAAUUAUUAGAAGUAAUUAACAUACACUGUAUUGUCUUUUCCUCUUUAACUUAAUGCAGUCUGUUUUUAGGUAAGGAAGGAAAAAGGUAAGUUAAUACUGUCUACUCUUGUUUUUAAGAUACUGUCAACUAUGGUGGUAAGUUAUUUUGCAACAAAAUGGACUUUGUUAUUAGGGAUUGCAAUGAGGUAGAACAUUCCCUGCCUGCAACAGGUUAAGGAGUAUGUAAGCUUUACUUGAAUAGUGAAAGCAUUUUGAACAAAAAAGCAAGCAGGGUGUUUGUGAACAAGAACAUUUUCCAGCUGUGAAACAGUGUUUUUUCUCUUACCACUUAAGCUCUGGUUGUUUAAAAAGUAAUGUUAAAAGUGUAUGUAAUUUUGAUUAUGGACUCUUUUUCAAGAAUCAAAUGGAAAUGAAUUGUUAAACAGUCUUGGAGGGGGGUUAGGAUCUAAAAUAAGCUUGUGGUUUUGAAGUGACUAUGGUUUGUGUGCAGUGUAUGUAAUGUGACAAAAUCCACUUGAUUCAAAGCCUGCAAGACUUAACUGUACCUUACAAAGUUAUAUUAAAUAAAUCUAAUGUCUUCCUUUGUGAUCUUUUACAAAUCCAACCUGCUGGCUGAGGGUAAACAUAGCUACUGAAGAGUAUAUAUAAGGGUAAUCUCUGGGAGAGAGGAUGGCAAGGAAUAAUAGGCAAAGAGAAAAGGUAAGGAAAAAAUAAUCACUUCUGAAUAGGUUGUAUCUGCCAGGCUUAAGCAGAAGCUCUACAUUUAGCAGCCAUGCUGAGAGAGAAAGAAGGAAGAUGAAAGAGAAGACUAACCAAAACAAGUGUUAGAACAGAAACUGACCAGGCAUAUUGCCUGCUAUGCAAUUUUGUAAUUACUUGCUAAGGAUAUGGAUUCCAUACAUCCUGUUUUAUCACAAAUGUUUUUUUUUCUGCUUCUGCCCUUAGGGUGCUCUCUAGGUGUAUUUUAGUAAAUGCAAACCUGUGUUAAAUCCCUGUCAGACCAGCAGCUGAGGCUGCUUUAACAUCUGGAGAACCACAGAUGUUUGGCAAUAGGGAUUGCUGUAUAUUGCUGGCCAGUGGAAAAGCCUGUGCUGUGAGGAAAGAAGUCAUGUAGGACGAAAGCAGCAAUGUGCAGCAGCAUCAGGAGUUGUAAUGGUAGAGUGAUAACAGCAAUAUCUAGGCAAGCAGAAAUGGAGUUGUUGAGGAGCUGCAUCCAAGAGGUAUUCAGUUUGACUUUAUAUUGAUGACACAGAAAUACAGGAUUCUUGAGUAGAAAGGGAUUUGGAAUAUGAUGGGAGAUGGUUUAGAAAGAUUAGGAUUGCAGAAGAAUUUGUGUGAUGGCUUCUUGAUUGUAUGAGAGGAAUUUUGAGGGUGAUGAAUUAAAAUCAGCUUAGUGUUAGAAGAGGGUUAGGAGGAAGACAGGAUAUUAGCCUGGGAUUGUUAGGAAGUGCUUAACAAGAAUUAUGGCUAUGGCACUCUGGGCUGUGAACACAGAAGUUUGAACUGCUUCAGGUUCACAGUGAUAGUGAUCUUGGAUUUUUCACAUCCUGGACAGUAUUUUAAAUUAAAAGAUAAUGGUGUAAAAAUGGUCUCUUCUUUUUUCUAUUGUACCAAAGAUCAGCCUAUUCAGAAGGAAAUCUUAGAGUAGAGAGCUCAGACAGACCUAUUUUCCUCUGACAUUGUCUUAAACUAGCCAGGUUGGUGGUUGUAUGAUGUUGUAUGCAAACAUGCUUUCUAAAGGAACCCCUAGUGAUACAAAUUUUAAAUAAUUAGAAAUAAAAGUUAGUAAGCUAGAAGGCUACUUUAUUCUCUUCUUCCCCCCCCCUUCCCAGUGUUUUUAUUCUGCGCUGCUGACAAAACUGGCAACUAUGAUGAAGAAAAUUAGAAGCUGUUGACAUGGAUUAGUCAUUUACAAAAGUUACUCUUAGCUACAUAAGAAGCAUCACAUCUCGAGUUCAUACACAAAUAUCAAUCAGUUUACAGAUACAGAGAGACACAGCCUUCUGUGACCACACCGUGAGAGGGCUGAAUGCAAAUCAGUUCCAACCUGGGAAAGAAAUAGUCAUCCUAAUCUGGCACUGAAUCUGACGUGCCUAACCAGUAGGUAGGAUGGAAGACGCCUAUGUCUCUGGAAAAAAAAAAAAAACCAACAACGACUAAUAAGCACAUCAAAUAUGCUGCCUGGACCUGAGGAAACAGGAGGAGAACAUCUGGCUCUGAGGACUGGAGAGGAUUCUUAGAAGGUAUCUUACCAUGCAGGAGGAGAAAUAAAAUACUAAAAAAAAAAAACAGCAUUAAGAAAUAGAGGAAGAUGAGACUCCUUUUAUUUCUACUAAUUUGCCAGUGUGCCAUAAACAGUGUCAAAGCAUACAGUGCUUCAAGUCCCAGUGUCAUUUUACUGAUGGCUGAUGAUCUUGGUAUUGGAGACCUAGGAUGUUAUGGGAACAGAACAUUAAGAACCCCUAAUAUUGACAGGCUGGCAGAGGAAGGAGUGACACUUACUCAUCACAUAGCAGCAUCCCCACUUUGUACUCCAAGUAGGGCUGCUUUCCUGACUGGGCGAUAUCCUAUCAGAUCAGGAAUGGCUGCCUUCUCACGAGUUGGUGUUUUCUUAUUUUCUGCCUCUUCUGGGGGACUUCCUUCUGAAGAAAUAACUUUUUCCAGACUCCUGAAGGAGAGAGGUUAUGCAACUGCUUUAAUAGGAAAGUGGCAUCUUGGGAUGAACUGUGAAAUAAGCAAUGACUUCUGCCACCACCCCCUCAGUCAUGGGUUUGAUUACUUUUAUGGGCUUACCGUGACCAACUUGAGAGAUUGCAAACCUGGCCAAGGCAGCGUAUUUUUAAAAGGGGUUCAGAAAUCCCUUGUCAUCCCACUCCAAAUCACUGGAAUCACCCUGGUCUCUUUGGCAGUAGUGCAUUACAUUGGUCUCCUCAGAGUACCUUUCCGAGCACUGGGUUACUGCUUUUUAAUAGCCACCAUUUCACUUGUGGUUUUGAUUUUCUUCUUUUAUCAUUUUCGCCACUUGAAUUGCUUUUUAAUGAGGGACCAUCAGAUUAUCCAGCAACCACUCUCCUAUGAGAACCUUACUCAGAGACUCACAAAGGAAGCUGUGCAGUUUAUAGAAAGGAACACUGAUGCACGGUUUCUUCUUGUCUUGUCUUAUCUUCAUGUCCAUACUGCUCUAUAUGCUUCAAAAAAUUUCAAAGGAAAGAGCAAGCAUGGUUUAUACGGGGAUGCAGUGGAAGAAAUGGACUGGAGUGUAGGGCAGAUUCUGGAUGUGCUGGACAAAUAUAAUCUGAGUGAUAAAACUCUCGUAUACUUUACGUCUGACCAAGGGGCUCAUGUGGAAGAAAUCUCCAGUUCUGGAGAAGUCCAUGGAGGAUACAAUGGCAUAUAUAAAGGUGGAAAAGCAACGAACUGGGAAGGAGGUAUUCGUGUACCAGGGCUUCUUCGUUGGCCUGGAAUGAUACAGGCUGGUGCCUAUCUUGAUGAACCAACAAGUAACAUGGAUAUAUUUCCUACUGUAGUCAAACUUGCUGAAGCACAGUUACCCUCCGACAGAAUUAUUGAUGGACAUGAUCUGAUGCCCUUACUUCAAGGAAAAGUGACCCAAUCCAACCAUGAAUUUCUCUUCCAUUACUGCAAUGCAUAUUUAAAUGCAGUGCGCUGGCAUCCAAGAAACAGUGAAUCUGUCUGGAAAGUCUUCUUCUUCACUCCAAACUUCAGUCCAGAAGACUCCAAUGGUUGCUAUGAUUCUCAUGUUUGCUUCUGCCAUGGAAGAUUCAUCACAUGGCAUGAUCCCCCACUGCUCUUUGAUCUCUCCACGGACCCUGAAGAGAAAGUCCCACUGACUCCAAAAACAGAGAGACGUUUCUAUGAAAUCCUCAGUGUCAUACACCUAGCAAUAGAAAACCACACCAGAUCCUUGCAUGCUGUCCCUAACCAGCUGUCAUGGGACAACCUUCUCUGGAAACCAUGGCUACAGCUGUGCUGCUCCUCUCUCCUUCAGUCUUGCUACUGUGAUCAUGACUCAUAAAGGAGCCUGCUGGAAGUCAAUUCAGGAUAAAUAAGUUGCAAUUCCCUUUCAGAAGCUGGAACAAGAGAGUGUGGGUAACUGACUUGAACCACCGUGGUACCAAACUUCAGAAUGUUUUGUUAUGUAGGAGCACCUGUCU